AUGAACAGUAGAAUUUUAAAUACCUUUGCUAAUGCUAUAGACAAUAAGGAGGAACUUAAAAAAAGGGUAGAGACAGGAAAACUAGCCUUACAAGAAUUACAUUCAUGUGUUGAGAAUUGUAAAAACCGAUUUGGUGGAAAGUCGGAACUUGCAACUGAGGAUGAUUUAAGAAUAGUGCAGCUGUGUGAAAGAUGGGAAAAAAUACUUAGUCAUGGUAUACGAACAAACUUGUCAAAUUCUACAAUACAAAAUCUAGUUUCAGCUGGAUUAAAUUUUACUUUCAAUAUUAUUAAUGUUGGAAAUUCUCUUUGGAGCUACAGCUGUCUUCAUUUGACAAAACAUGAAAAAGAAAGAUUUAAAAUUCUGGCAAAUAUCAACACCCCUUUAGGUUAUUUCAGAGCAUUUAUACGGGCUGCUUUGAAUGAGAGGUCAUUAGAGAGAUAUUUACAAAGUUGGAUUACUCAUGGACUUUUAUCGGAAUAUUAUGAAGAUGGUGCUAUAGUCAGAGCUACUGAAGCUAGUAUACUACCUGACAUGGCAGCAGGAUUAUCAACAGUUUUGUUUGCGUUAUCAAUAGACAGAACAGAGUUAAAUGAAUCACAACAAGGGAAUCAAAUGACAAAAGCUGAACAUGUUAUUCCACUACCUACUCCUAUUAAAGCAUCUGGCAAUGUGAAAAAGAAACCAUUGAGACAAGUUAUAUCAUUUGAUAAAGAUCAAAGUAAUCAGAGAAAUUCAAACAAAUAUCCCAUACUUCACCCUUCUAAUCCAUUGUGGAACAGUGCACCGCCCACUUGUCUCAAUUCUCCAGAUCCUGUAAUUGUUCCACAAACAACCUCCAUUAGUGAAUCAACAACCUCCGAAUGUAAAAGUGGGAAACGUCACUUCUUUCCUGACGGUGUUAAAGGAAUUGAUAGCCCCUCACAAAUUCUUACGAAGUUGUCUGAGUGUGCUAAAGAAAUAUUCUCAUCAUCUAGUAGCAUAGACAAAAAUAAUUUAUCCAAAGAAGACAAUGUUUCUGAAUUAAGUGUUAAUUGUUUAAGAAUCUCUGAAAGUGAUAGUGAAGAAAUUGCUGGCAGUAUUAAUGGUAGCACUUCCUGUUUGGAACUUUGUUUCACAGAAGAUGAAGGGGUUCUAGAUGAAAAAAGAGUUAUGUCUGUUUUGGAGUGCAGAGAAAAAGAAUUCAUAAACUUGCAAUCAAAAUUCAAUCAAUUUGAAAUAAACAGCAAAGAUAAGAUACAGAAAUUGGAAAAAGUGGUGUUAGACCUCAGCAAAGAAAAUGAAAGAUUAAAAGACCAAUUGAGAAGAUAUAUGUCAGCUGUUGAAAUUGGAAAGAGUUUAAAAAAUGGCAAUGAACAUGAAGAAGAAAUUAGCUCAUAUGAAAGGAAACUUGUUCAGGUCGCGGAAAUGCAUGCCGAGCUCAUGGAAUUCAAUCAACAUUUACAAAGACGACUUCAAGACUUAGAAAGUGGUUCAACCCUUGAAAUUUUAGAUUAUCCUGAGUCGAAUGUGAAAGUUUACAUGCCAAGUGCGUUUUUGGUUGGAAAGAAAACACAUUCAUAUCAUGUUUAUCAGAUUUUCCUCAAGGUGGGCCAAGAAGAAUGGAAUGUUUAUCAUAGGUAUGCAAUGUUCCAUGAACUACAUACUCAACUAAAAAAAUGUCACCCUGACAUAGCAAAUUAUAAAUUCCCACCAAAGAAAACGCUAAGGAAACGGGACGCACAUUUAGUGGAACAGCGUAGAGUUGCUCUACAAGCUUACCUUCGCUUCAUACUUUUGGUGCUGCCCGAGUUGCGUGAAUGCACGAGUCGCGCGCAACUUAUCACACUGCUGCCGUUUUUUGGGACUUCGUCAACGGUGAAGGAAAAUAGCUUAAAUAAUACGUUAGGGCAUCCAUCGAGCGACUCAAUAUCUACUUAUGAUGGACUGUGA